AUGGAGAGGGCGGUGCCGGUUCGGAAGCCGCACACCAACACGGCCGACCUUCUCUCCUGGUCGGCCACGGGCCCUGACGCAUCCGCCUCGCCGGCCGCGUCCUCCCGCCCCAGCCUCAAGCCGGCCGCGGGGAUUACGCCGGCGAUGUUCGGCGCGCCGGUCACCGAGCAGGAGGCCGAGGAUCUGAGCAAGAGUGAAAGGAAAUUUUGCUCUGGCUCAAAGUUGAAAGAAAUGAGUGGGAGUGGGAUUUUCGCUGAGAAGAGUGAAAAUGGUGAUUCAGAGGCUUCAAAUCCUUCUAACAAGACUUCCUUGAGGAUGUACCAGCAAACUGUGACUGGAAUAAGCCAGAUUUCAUUUAGCGCCGAUGGAAGUGUUUCACCGAAGAAGCCAUCGUCGAUACCUGAGGUGGCUAAGCAGCGAGAGCUUAGUGGUACCCUGGAAGAUGCUGAUGCUAAAAUAAAUAAGCAGCUUUCUGAAGCCAAGACCAAGGAGCUUAGUGGCAGUGACAUCUUUGGUCCGCCUCCUGAGAUUCCUGCCAGGCCAUUGGCUGCUCGUAACAUGGAGCUACAAGGAAAUGUUGACUUUUCACUUCCCCAGCGAAGCGUCCACACAUCAGUUAAAGUAUCUAAUCCUGCCGGAGGUCCAAGCAACAUCUCAUUCAGUGAAGAGCCCGUAGUGAAGACAGCAAAGAAAAUCCACAACCAGAAGUUCCAGGAGCUGACAGGUAACAACAUCUUCAAGGAGGACGUCCCUGCCUCAGCUGAGAAGUCUCUGAGCUCUGCGAAGCUGAAGGAGAUGAGCGGCAGUGACAUCUUUGCCGAUGGAACGCCAGCUCCCCGAGAAUACCUUGGCGGCAUCCGCAAGCCCCCUGGUGGCGAGAGCAGCAUCGCCCUGAUCUGA